AUGGCUAGGGAAGUACUCCCUCUGUUUGAAAACGUUAGCCACUGCCUUUAUUCAGCCACGAAAACCUCUUUAUUACAAGCACAUGCCCACAUCCUCAAAGCAGGCAUUUCGCUGCAGGAAGCCAUCCAAACAUUUUCAAGGCUCAAUCAUUUUGGUCACGCAAUCCGAUUCUUCUCUUACAUGCUCACACAAGGUAUCGUUCCCAGUAGCCGUGUAUUGCCUACUGUCGUCAAGGCAUGUACUGCAUUACCUGCAUUGGGAACAGGAAAGCAGGUGCAUUGUUUUGCGUUGGUAUCUGGGUUUGGUCUAGACUCCAUAGUUCAAUCCUCUUUAGUCCAUAUGUACCUUCAAUUUGACCGUUUGAACGAUGCUCGUAAUAUAUUUGAUAAAUUGCCUCAACCAGGUGUAGUUACGUCUAGUGCUUUGAUUUCGCGUUAUGCACGAAUGGGGUGUGUGAAGGAGACAAAGGAGUUGUUUUAUAAGACAAGAGAUUUAGGUGUGGAGCUUAAUUUGGUAUCUUGGAAUGGUAUGAUUUCAGGUUUUAAUCAUAGCGGCAGUUAUUUUGAUGCGGUUCUUAUGUUUCAAAAGAUGCAUUUGGGAGGUUUGAAGCCUGAUGGAACUAGUGUUUCUAGCGUGCUUCCAGCAGUUAUUGAUUUGGAAAUGCCGUACAUGGGGAUUCAGAUUCAUUGUUAUGUUAUUAAGCAAGGUUUAGGACCGGACAAGUGUGUGGUUAGUGCACUUAUUGAUAUGUAUGGAAAGUGUGCAUGUGCUUCGGAGAUGUCAGAAGUGUUCAAUGAAAUGGAUGAGCUUGAUGUCGGUGCUUGCAAUGCUUUAGUUACUGGGCUCUCACGAAAUGGACUUGUUGACAAUGCAUUGGAGGUAUUUAAACAGUUUAAAGGCCAAGGGAUGGAUCUGAAUGUCGUUUCCUGGACAUCCAUGAUUGCCAGUUGUUCUCAGAAUGGCAAAGAUAUUGAGGCUUUGGAGCUUUUUAGAGAGAUGCAGAUCGAGGGCGUAAAACCAAACUCUGUAACAAUUCCAUGCUUGUUGCCAGCUUGUGGAAAUAUUGCAGCAUUACUGCAUGGGAAGGCAGCCCAUUGCUUUUCUCUUAGAAAUGGAAUCUCCAAUGAUGUUUAUGUGGGCAGUGCGUUGAUUGAUAUGUACGCCAAGUGUGGAAGAAUGCUGUCGUCUAGACUCUGUUUUGAUAUGAUGCCCAACAGGAACUUGGUUUCUUGGAAUUCAUUAUUGGCUGGCUAUGCAAUGCAUGGAAAGACUAGUGAAGCUAUAAACAUUUUCCAAUUGAUGCAAAGAAGAGGACAAAGGCCUGAUCAUGUUAGCUUCACUUGUGUAUUAUCUGCAUGCUCCCAAGGGGGCCUAACAGAGGAAGGUUGGAAUUAUUUUAAUAGCAUGUCGAGAAAUCACGGCAUUGAAGCUAGAAUAGAGCAUUAUGCAUGUAUGGUGACCCUUCUUGGUCGUAGUGGAAGGCUGGAAGAGGCAUAUGCCAUGAUCAAGCAAAUGCCAUUAGAGCCAGAUUCUUGUGUUUGGGGUGCUCUGCUCAGUUCAUGCAGAGUUCACAACAACGUGGAUUUAGGUGAGAUUGCUGCGAGGAGACUCUUCGAGUUAGAACCGAAAAAUCCUGGGAACUACAUUCUUCUGUCCAAUAUUUAUGCUUCAAAGGCCAUGUGGCUUGAAGUUGAUAUGGUGAGGGAUAUGAUGAGCAGUAGAGGUUUGAAGAAAAACCCUGGCUGCAGUUGGAUUGAGAUCAAGAACAAAGUGCAUAUGCUCCUUGCUGGUGACAGUUCCCAUCCACAAAUGACCCAAAUUAUUGAGAAGUUGGCUAAAUUGACUAUGGAGAUGAAAAAGUCAGGUUACGUUCCACAUACUGACUUUGUGCUACAAGAUGUAGAGGAGCAGGAUAAGGAGCAGAUACUAUGUGGCCAUAGCGAGAAGUUGGCUGUAGUGCUAGGGCUUCUAAAUACUAGCCCAGGAUGUCCUCUUCAAGUUAUCAAGAACCUUAGAAUCUGUCGUGAUUGUCAUGCUGUUAUAAAAUUCAUAUCCAGCUUUGAGAAGAGAGAGAUUUUUGUUAGAGACACAAACCGAUUUCAUCGGUUUAAAGAUGGAGUUUGUUCUUGUGGAGAUUAUUGGUGA